AUGUAUGAUGAAAACAUCUGGUUAGUAUCAACAGAUGGAGUUCCUUAUCGAAUUCCUGUGAUCGAUAAUCCCAAUGUUCCAGCUGGAAACACGUGGCACAUUCUGGAAACUCCUGGAAAUAGACCAGUAACAGAAAUUUCGCUGGGAACCUAUUCCUUGUGGUGUACUACUUCUGAUGAAACCUUGUGGUUUUCGCGAGUUACAUUUGAUGAUCCAAAUUACGAUCAAAUUUUGUACGAGAUUUCCGCAGAUGGAUACAUGGACGUCGGAAAAUUAGAGUUUACCAAACUAUCGGUGAACCGAAAAGAUCAGUUGUUCACUAUAUCGGCAAGUGAAGAAAAACUUCAAGUUCGAACAGGAAUCACGAAGGAUGAGCCAUCGGGAAAACGAUUUGUGAAAGUUGUCGAGCGAGCGACGAACAAAAAAUGGAUAUCGGUUAACGUUGCUACGACAAGUUUUUCAAUUAUUCCGGAUUAUUAUAUAUUAGAGAACACAAUUCAAACAAACUUACAAGUUGCGAUGUUUUCAAGAUCAUUGUGGAGACAGAAAAUUCUUGCGCGAUUACAGGAUGUUAAUGAUUUAUCGUAUGCUUUGAUGAACAGCGUUGAAUCGAAAUAUUCAAAAUUACAAUUGACUAGUUCACAUCUUCGUUUUGAAGUCGAUGCUAUUCCUUGUUAUUUUUAUAUUGAUAGGGCUGGAGGAAAGUUUAUAUUUCAACCAGCAAGCGUGGUCAUAAGUUCCACAUUUAUUAUUGUAAAUGUAACCGAAUUGAAUGUUAUUCUUGUUUCCUCGAGCGAUUUACAAACAGCAUAUCCCUCGUUCACACGUGAGCCACAACGAUAUUUGAUUUAUAUUAAGAGAAGAACAAUGGCAGAUGGUAUUUAUCUUUCAUUUACUGAUGAUUCCAUUCGCCAAAAAUGCCUGAAGCGUUUAAAUGACAUUAUUCGUGAAUAUCUUAGCCAAGCUAUUAUUACCGAUGAUAAUCGUUGCUACUGGAGCAUAACAGAUUGGAAUGAAGUUCGAUGGCAUUGUUUGUCAGAACUUAAAAAAGAUCGAACUCCAAUCGAGCUUAAAACCGCGAAGAGUAUAUACGUAGAAGGACAUUUUCAAGAAAUCGAUGUUGGUGCAGGCCGCCAUGUUUGGGCUUUGAAUACUAUGGGACAUGUAUACGCACUUACUCCCGAUUUUAAUCCAUUACUAACCGAAGAGCACGAAUUAGAACAUCGGUUUUUCGACGAAGUGACACUUACGAUGUAUGAAUACCAACAUAAAACUUAUUUCAAGACCGUAGAAGGUUGGAUGUCAGACGGUCAAAAAUGCCCGAAAUUCUUUUCUAGUCUUCCAUCGAAAAAUUGGCGUUGGAUUGAUACAGAAUGGCAUACACAACCUGAGAAUUGGGAAUAUGCUAAAGAAGCGGACGGAGAAUAUUCUGCUCCAUCAACAAGAAGAGACUGGCCGGAUGAUAAGGGAACUGUAGCCGUUGUUGGUCUUACAGUCGAUGGACACCUACUACUUCGGAAAGGAGUUAGAAGUGAUAAUGCUAUUGGUACGAAAUGGAUAGAGAUCCAUGAAAUGGCUCAGGGAAGAACAUCCGCUGGGUGUUGUUGCUUCGCGAACAAUGUCAGAUUUUUAAUAUUAAUUUUGACGGUGUGGGCCAUAUCUGCGCUAUUUGCCAGUUUGAUAUUAUUCAAUCUGACCGCUUUGCUGCACACAAAUCUGCCACCAGAUCAGAAGCCAGUUAGUGGUUUAGAUUCAUUGCAUGAAUACACUAUUUGGCAUGAUCGUCGAAAACGAGAUCUUCCUAAUUCUGACUCAUCUCUUACGAUCAAAGAGGCGAAUACAGAUGUGAAAUAUGAUGGUGUUCCAGGCGAAUCAAUUCCUUCAAAAAUAAAGAAAGCAUUGUACUCGGCUCCUGGAAUUGGAGUUCUUCUUGGGAUCUGGCCGACAAUCGCUUUUUCGAAUAGUAUUGGAAUCAGAAAACUUUUCGCUUUAUAUUUAGCUGUUUCGGCAUUACUCACCGUAUUUCUUCCAUUGGCAGUGCCCUCAAAUUUCGUGACUUUCUUCGCUGUUCGUUUGCUGCAAGGAGUCCUGUUUUCGGUCGUUUUUCCAGUUAUCGGAAAUGUACUGGUUUAUUGGGGAACUCUCAACGAUCAGCUUCUUUUCCUCACAUCAACAUUCCUCUUUAUCGCUGUAAGUCGUCAAUAA